AUGUCGUCCCUCUCACGGGGACUGGGCCUGGCCCAGCGAGCUCUGGUCUACACCCCACGGCCUCAAUGCAGCUGCGCAGCCCAAUCACAGCGGCUGCUUCUCCGAGCCUCGCCUUUCUUCUCCUCCGUACGGACACUCCAGACCUCCUCCAUCCGGCAAGCCGCAGCCAAGGCAGCGCCAGCCCGCCGUGCGCCCCCAACGACGAGGCGACCUCCGCCCGUCUUGCCCGCCACUCCCUCCGUCGCCGCCGCCGGCGCAAAGCUGCCCCCUCCCCGCUCCUUCGCCGAGCAGCUCGCCCGCAAGGGCUCCCCGACCACCCUCUACGAGGCGCCCUCGCACUUCUGGUUCCGCUUCUCCUCCUUCGCCGCCGGCGCCUUCUGCGUCACCUACACCCUCAUCAACUACUGGAGCAUGUACAUCUACCCGCCCGAGGGCCUGUCCUGGUGGGUGCCGCACGCCUUCGGCGUCAUCUGCACCUUCAUGGGUGCCAUGGGCGCCUACUUCGUCCUCGGCACCAGCCGCGUCGUGCGCAGCGUGCGCGCCGUCCCCGCGGCCCAGGCCCUGGCCUCCCACAAGGCCCUGGCCAAGAAGGCCGGCGCCGCCACGCCGCCGCUGUACAUCGAGCUCGCCGUCGCGCGCAUGGUGCCCUUCAUGCGGCCCAAGACCAUCGUCGCGGCGCCCGACCAGGUCGAGCUGCCGUUCCGCAUGGCCGACUGCCGCCUGGACGGGGCGCGCGGGCGCGGCGGCGCGGCGGCGGCGGCGGAGGAGCCGGUGCUGACGGGCCGGCAGCAGAUCGAGGCCAAGCGGGCCGAGGAGGAGCGCCGCAAGGCGGAGCGCAAGUACGAGAUGGACCACCUGAUGACGGCGCCGUUCCGGCACGCGGGCCAGGCCAUGGUCACCAUGUGGGACGGCAUCAGGAAGUCGCUGACCCGCGAGGGCCUGGCCAAGGUCUAUGUCGAGGGCCGGAUGUACAAGAUGGACCUCUCGGGCGGCUGGGCGCUGGACCAGGGCAGAGCGCUUGACCGACUGGUCAAUGUGAAGAGGUGA